UGAGGUUUUCUUACAACAAGGAAUCUAGCAGCAGUUUAUUUGGUGAAAGAAAGGAGCUCUUGCUUGUCACCAAGGAAGUUUUGUGUUUCUAUUAUAACUAAAUUUUCUGGGAAGAUUCGUCAUCCUCCCCUUGAAAGGCAAAGGGGCUCACUGUACUGUUUUCCAACUCCUGAACCAUGAGGCGAUAUAUGGUAUCUCAUGCCUGGCAAAUCCUGAAAAAAGAACUGGGGCUGUACCAGCUUGUCAGGGAUAUCAUCAUGAUGAUCCGAGUGUGCAAGAUGUUCCGCCAAGGCCUCCGGGGCUUCCGGGAGUAUCAGAUCAUCGAAGCCGCUCAUCGAAAGCACCCGUUCUUCUCCUUCUGGGAUAAAAAGAAGCAAGGGAGGAUUACCUUUGAUACUCGGGACCUGGCUGCAGAGGAGGGUCACUUCCCUCCGAGAGCCAUUAAGAUCACACGAAAGAAGCCUUCCUGGAGGACUGAGAAGGAAGUCCAGACUCUCCUUAAAAUCAUGCAGGUCCUUGACAGCUUCCGGAACUUCACCGAGUCCCUGCAGGUGCUCCUGGCCAAGAUCAUGCGCUUUGAACGCUUCAGUCGCCGGCGUGUGAUCAUCAAGAAGGACCGGAGGGGCAACAGUUUUUACUUUGUCUACAUGGGCACAGUGGCACUCACUGAAGACGAGGAUGGCAGCAGUGCCUUCCUGGACCCCCACCCAACACUGCUGUGCAAGGGCAGUUCCUUCGGGGAAAUGGGCUUUCUGAACUCUUCUCUGUCGAGGAACACCGUGGUCUGCAUGGAAGAGACAGAGUUCUUGGUUGUUGACCGGGAGGACAUGGACACUAACCAACUGGGUGAAGAAAUUCAGAAGGCUGCUCAGUACCGGUUUGAUUUUUUUAGGGCGAUGGAGCUGUUUGAGUCCUGGGACGAUGAGAAGCUCUGGCAUCUUGUGACUCUGGGGAAGGUGGUGAAGUUCGCGUACAGGGAGCUCAUCUGCAGAGAUGUCAUUGAGUCGGCCUGCAUCCUGUUCCUCUGCAAGGGCAGCUGCGAAGUCCUGAGGCUGGUAGACCUUGCCGACUCCCCAUCCUACUGCAUGUGGGUCUGGCAGCAGCUGGGAUUGAUAGAGGACAAGCCUCUUGGGAGCCAUCUUAUAGCAGAAUCCUCUCCUGCGAGGAGGUUCAAGGAAUUCCAGAUCAAAUCAUAUCCUCUCCAGGACUUCAGUUCUCUGAAGCUUCUACACCUGCAGCAUGCCAGAGAGCAGCAGAAGCCCAACCUAGGUGGGAAGCUCCAGGCCCCAGGAAGCAGUCUCCCAAAGAUGAUGGGCCCAAAGAUCAAGUCCAGGGAUACUCAUAUGAUCAAAUGUCCCAUGAUCAAUACCAAGUUUGGUGAACUCCCGAAAGAGGCAGCAGUGGGUGCCUACAUCAGGGUCCACACCGUGGAACAAGGAGAGAUUGUGGGCUUGUACCAGGCCUUCCUCCCGGAGAACCAGCGAGACCCGCGGCCCUUGGCCCUCGUGAGUCUGGGCGCCGAGGUCAUAGAGAUGAAGAAGGACAAGUUUUGCGCCCUGAUUGGCGACGACGAAGAGUUCAGAGAGAAGCUGACGAGCAUGGAGAUUGAGUACCCCAGUGAUGAAGAGAUGUGCCAAAGGUUCCUCCUGGAGAACAGCUGGAACAUCUUCCGGAAGGACCUGGUGCAGCUGCUGCUGAAGAGUCGCCAAAACCCACCGUUCACCCCAAUCCAGCCCAAGAAGAAACAGAUCUACCACCCUAAGUCCAUGAUACUGGACUUAUGUAGCAUCGAAAAGAAGAAAAAAGCACCCCAUCCCAUCGUCAUGGCACCCCAGAAGUCGCUCCCCCCACUGAGGAUUGUACAUGCCAUUGUUGCACCGCGGCACAAGAUCCAAGAAGUGCUGCCUCAGUUUAAGAAUGAUGGGGUCCUCAUUUAGAACCAAUAAAGGAAGUUGGUUCGACCAC